AUGCGGUUCCAACUGCUGCUCUCCGUCCUCCUCCUGUCCAUAUGUGGACAAUCUUCUCCUGUGGCGCCAGUCGAACAGGAAUCCUCGUUAGAGCGGCGAGCAGGAGUUGUCAAGCACUCGGUUGUGGCUACCUGGCCCGUCAAGCAGGACGAUCGAUCCGUGAAUCCGAUUCCCUACUGUGUGAAGGGCUCCAACCCCGGCUACGAGGCCCAAAUAAAGGGAGCGAUUAAACAAGCGGCGGGCCUAUGGACAAAUCCGCCACGGGGGGUACACACCAUGGAAAUCGGGCGCGACGUGCUGGACGGGGAGUACGGUGCGCUCGUGGGCCGGCUUGCACACGAAUUAGGUCGGAAUAUCGGCCUCCCCAAUGAUAACCAGCUGGACCCCUCCUUCUAUUCGAUCUCGUGCUCAAACGUAAACGGCUUUGACAAGUCCCAAAAAUCCAAGUACAAAGCAGCAUGCAACGACUACGCCAAGGCCAAGGAACUCGGUUGGAAAGAAGGAAUGAAUAUCGGGCCGCUCGCGGAAAACGACUUCUUAAAAGCCACCGGCCCGCUGUCCAAAUUUCGUCACAACUUGCAGUGGGACGACAGGAGCAUCAUGAGAAUGCCCAAGACUGCGUACGGCCGAAAAAGUAGCAUGGGGUUCUACUACUCUACCGUGCCACUCAAGUCCUCGCUUCCAACUAUCAAUCUCAAUUGGGCAGACUUUGCUACAGGUGGACCGACUCUUUAUGAUCUCCAGGCCGUGGUGGAGAUGUAUCCUUCGGCAAGAGUGGCAGCGGCAUUGUUGCAAGGCCUGGCCCGAGAUGUUGCAGAUGCGAAUUUACCCCCAAGCUAUGAGGAGUGUGAAAUGCCAGCAGUGGCAGCGCCAGCUUAUGACGACCAGAACACAUUUCCAGUGGAUCAACCUAUAUGA